UUCAUCCGUCGCCGCCGGCUCGGGGGAUCUUUGCUACCACGAACGAACCUUUGGUGACUUCAGUUACGACAUUGUCCGAUCACAGGCCUGUUCGAAUGCCCAAGGUCGAAGCGCGAAGGUGCCAUGGGCUAUGGCUCUUCCUCUGGCUUCUUCGUUCUCACCUCCGGAAGGUGCGCAGGUGCGGGCCUCACUUUCUUCGUUCUGCUCGCUAGGCUGGAUUCAAGGUGCUGCAGUAUCUGCAUGUGGUUAAGUAAAAACAGAGUUCUCGAUGACCACCUUGAGAAAAAGCAGAAACCCGUGAUCACUGCAAUCGUAAGGAGUUAUGCACACCAACGAUAUUACCAGUUCCAGUUCCAAGCAUCCCAAGGGCAAGGCUGCAGGAAACCUCAGCAAAAUGAGAAAAAUAACUUUCUUCUCACAGUCCGAUUUUCAUUCGCCUUUGCCCAACCGGACCUAUUUCCGGCAAUUUGCCAGGGCACUGUCAGGCCUGUCAGGCUACCUGGCUAUCAAAUACCAGCAAUUAGACUUGAAGCAAGUGAGGUAGCAUCCGGAGCGGGCUCCGUCCAGAUCGCAAUUACGUACCCUUACGUACAGGCAGGGGACUAACCUCAUCCAAAAUUACCUCGGCGCCUCGACACCAGAGGAAAAGAAGCAAAAUAAAAUCAGAAAUAAUUGCCAGGAGCCCUCAAGAAUCGUGACUCAAAACUGUUCAGUCGUCACCGCUGACUCAGCGGAUAACUCCAAAACGUCGAAUUAGCCCUCAUUCAAUA